CGUUCCCCACCCAACAGACUUGUCCAGAACUGUCUUAAUGCAUUUAAAGAAGUCAGGGAGAAUCUGAAAGUCAUCACUUACAAAAAAGUUUCAAAAACUUUUUCUUGCAGUUUCUGAACUUAGAAUAUGGAUAGCGAAGGUAGAAAGGUAGUCGUUUGUGACAAUGGCACUGGGUUUGUCAAGUGUGGUUUCUCCGGAUCCAAUUUCCCUGAGCACAUCUUCCCGGCAAUGGUGGGCAGGCCGAUCAUCCGGUCAACUGCCAAAGUGGGCAACAUUGAGAUAAAGGAUCUAAUGAUGGGUGACGAGGCCAGCCAGCUACGCUCCUUCCUGGAGGUGUCCUAUCCCAUGGAGAAUGGCAUUGUGCGCUGCUGGGAAGAUAUGCACCACCUGUGGGACUACACCUUUGGCCCACAGAGGCUUAACAUCCACCCACCUGAGUGCAAGAUUCUGUUGACAGAGCCACCCAUGAAUCCCACUAAGAACAGGCAGAAGAUGGUGGAGACCAUGUUUGAGAAGUACCAGUUCCAAGGAGUCUAUGUUGCCAUCCAGGCAGUGCUCACUCUGUAUGCCCAGGGCUUGCUGACGGGUGUGGUUGUGGAUUCAGGUGAUGGGGUGACCCACAUAUGUCCUGUGUAUGAGGGCUUUUCUCUGCCACACCUCACCCGCAGACUGGACAUAGCAGGCCGUGACAUCACACGCUACCUCAUCAAGCUCCUGCUGCUGCGCGGCUAUGCCUUCAACCACACGGCCGACUUUGAGACAGUGCGGAUGAUGAAGGAGAAGCUCUGCUACGUGGGCUACAAUAUCGAGCACGAGCAGCGGCUGGCUACAGAGACCACCGUGCUGGUGGAGUCCUACACACUACCAGAUGGCCGUUCUGUGAAGGUGGGAGGUGAGAGGUUUGGAGCACCGGAGGCCCUUUUCCAGCCUCACCUGAUCAACGUAGAGGGAGUGGGCGUCUCUGAGCUGCUCUUCAACACCAUCCAAGCGGCGGACAUUGACACCAGGUCUGAGUUCUACAAGCAUAUUGUGCUCUCCGGCGGAUCCACCAUGUACCCUGGGCUGCCGUCUCGCCUGGAGAGAGAGAUCAAACAGCUGUACCUGGAGAGGGUGCUGAAGGGCGACACGGAGAAGCUGUCUAAAUUUAAGAUCCGCAUUGAAGAUCCACCACAACGCAAGCACAUGGUAUUCAUGGGUGGGGCGGUGCUGGCCAACAUCAUGAAGGACAAGGAGUCUUUUUGGAUCAGCAAGGCAGAGUACCAGGAGAAGGGUGUUGUGGCUCUGGACAAAAUGGGCCGAAGUGUGCGAUAAAAGCAAGUCGCCUCAAGAACCGUGUUAAAAGAUCCAGUGACCGGGCCUCCGAGAUCAGCACGCUAGAGCUGAAGCUACUAACAAAGCACGUUGCUUAGCCUGACGAAUUGACGAACACACACAGCCACUGCCAUGUAUGCACACAUGAACACUCUCAAAUGCUGUUUGACUGGCACAAUUUUCCCAGUAGUCAAGCCUUCAGACUAUGCUUUAACAGAACUGGCAACACACACUCAGACAUAUUGUCAUGCAGCUGGGAUUUAAACAGGUACCACAUAUUGUUCAUCACAGGUUUCCUCCUGACAUAUACUUCUCACCAUAAAAUGCUCCCAAAGGCAGGUGUGUUAUCCAUUUCUCUAUAUCCUAUACAACACCUUCAAAGGAAUGGUGCUGUACUUCUAUGCAAAUAUGGUAAAGUAUUCUUUCUGGCUAAUGUUACAUUGUCUUAAUAUAGAACAAAUUAUAUAACGUUUACAUAAGUUCAGUUGUUAUAUAAGACUUCGGUGCAUUUGAUCUCCAGCUAACUGGUGAUUGGCUCUCAGUACACUAUUGCUGUUAGGCACCUUCAGCUUCUGCUACCCAUAGUGCCCUGGGGUCACUGUUUCCAGUUUCAUGAAAACAUGAUCUCACUUCCACUGUAAGUGAGAUAAGAGGAAGUACAAUGGUUAAAGAUGAAUUGCUUUGCAAUGCUUACAAAUUUCCUUCUCGGAUAUGGCAAAAUAUAUUUCUAGAGUCACUGGUAGUCAAAAUAUACAUUGCAUGUAAAUGGAUAUAUUAAAAAGAAAGCUUAACUUUGACCACAUUCCAUGUCCAGCUGCAUUCACGAUUUGUCUGUUUUUAAACUGGAACCAUAUGUAUACAUGUUAUCUCUGUGGUCAUUUCUUAUUUUUACUAAUAAAAAUCGAGAACUGAAUUGCA